CAGCAAAUAAAUAUACAGUGUGAAAUCAAAAUUCAACGAAAGCAAACUCAAUAGAAUUGAACCACCGGCACCAAAAAUAUUAUUAUUAUUUUCAAAAAGCCCUCUCUCCUCCUUUCCUCAACUGAACCCCCCGCGUUUUCUCUCCCUCGCUUUCCCCAUUUCUCCCCCCUCUCUCUCUCUCUCCUCUCCUUCUCUCAACCAAAUAUUCCGCCGGCCUCCGCCGCCGCCAACCACCUCCACCUCCGCCUCCCCUCCAAUUUCGGUUCAAUUCCACAACCAGUAGCAGCAAUUCAACUCAUUUUCUUCUUCUUUCCCCUUUCCCCCUGUUGCUCUGGCAGCCAGAGUAAAAAAGGGCAGAGCAGCAGCAGCUAAUUGAAAUGGGCAACUGCAACGCCUGCGUGCGCCCGGAUUCUCCGCCGCGGGAGUCCAAAGCCCACGGCGGCGCCAGGAAGAAGCCCAACAGCAGGGAGAAGAAGCCCAACCCGUUCUCCGAGGACCCGAUUCGCUCCCCGGCCCCGAUCCGGGUCCUGAAGGACGUCGUCCCCGUGAGCCACCGCCCCCGGAUCGGAGACAAGUACAUCCUGGGCCGGGAGCUGGGCCGGGGCGAGUUCGGGAUCACGUAUCUGUGUACCGACAGGGAGACGAAGGAGGCGCUCGCCUGCAAGUCGAUUUCGAAGCGGAAGCUGCGGACGGCGGUGGACAUAGAGGAUGUGAGGAGGGAAGUGGCCAUCAUGGCGAGCUUGCCCGACCACCCGAACAUCGUCAAGUUGAGGGCGACUUACGAGGACUACGAGAACGUUCAUUUGGUGAUGGAGCUGUGUGAAGGUGGGGAGCUGUUUGACCGGAUUGUGGCCAGAGGGCAUUACAGCGAGCGAGCUGCGGCCAGCGUGGCGAGAACGAUCGCCGAGGUUGUGAGGAUGUGCCAUGCGAAUGGGGUCAUGCACAGGGAUUUGAAGCCCGAGAAUUUCUUGUUUGCGAAUAAGAAGGAGAAUUCGCCUCUGAAGGCCAUCGAUUUUGGGUUGUCUGUGUUCUUCAAGCCUGGGGAGAUAUUCACUGAGAUUGUUGGGAGUCCAUACUACAUGGCGCCAGAGGUGUUGAAGAGAAACUAUGGGCCAGAGGUUGAUGUGUGGAGUGCUGGAGUGAUACUUUACAUUCUGUUAUGUGGGGUUCCUCCAUUUUGGGCAGAGAGUGAGCAGGGUGUUGCCCUUGCAAUAUUGAGGGGGAAUCUUGAUUUCAAGAGGGAACCAUGGCCCCAGAUUUCAGAAAGUGCCAAGAGUCUGGUGAGGCAGAUGUUGGAUCCAGAUCCCUCCAAGCGCUUAACUGCUCAGCAAGUGUUAGGUAUGCCCCCUCUCAAUCUGGCCAUGACAUUGUCCGUUUCAGAUCAUCCAUGGAUUCAGAAUGCAAAGAAAGCUCCAAAUGUCCCGUUGGGAGAUAUUGUGAGGACGAGGCUCAAGCAGUUCUCUGUGAUGAACAGAUUCAAGAAGAAAGCACUCCGGGUCAUUGCUGAACACUUAUCACUCGAAGAGGUGGAAGUCAUAAGAGACAUGUUCACUUUGAUGGAUUGUGACGGUGAUGGCAAAGUAUCAUACGAGGAGCUGAGAGCUGGCCUUCGGAAGGUCGGCUCACAGUUGGCCGAGCCAGAGAUCAAGAUGCUGAUGGAAGUGGCUGAUGUUGAUGGAAAUGGCGUUCUGGACUACGGCGAGUUUGUAGCAGUCACAAUCCACCUGCAGAAGAUGGAGAACGAUGAGCACGUCCGCAGGGCGUUUGUAUACUUCGAUAGGGAUGGCAGUGGAUUUAUCGAGCUGGAUGAGCUACGAGAGGCAUUGGCCGACGAAAAUGGUGAAACAGAAGAGGAUGCCCUUAAUGACAUCAUGCGAGAGGUAGACACAGACAAGGACGGGUGCAUUAGCUACGACGAAUUCGUGACGAUGAUGAAAGCUGGAACCGACUGGAGAAAGGCUUCAAGGCAGUACUCGAGGGAGAGGUUCAAGAGCUUGAGCAUCAACCUGAUGAAAGACGGGUCCCUCCAGCUCCAUGACGCGCUCACUGGCCAUGCGAUUCCAGUGUAAGGGAGAGCUAUCUUGGUUGCUCGUGGAUCGCUCGCUGAGUGUUUUCCUGUCCGUUUCUAGCUUUCGUUGCCAUUGUAUAAACCAAGAGUACAGCUUUGGACGAGAAUGGACGAGCCAGGAGAAGGCACAUUAUGGUGCUGCUGUUGGAUGGUUUUUCGGGUUCGAGUUUACAGAGAGAUCAUGACAAGAGCUUCUGGCUGGCUGCUUCGCGGCGGAAUGGCGGGUUUGUUGUGAAUUGUGAUGCUUCUUUUUUUCCUGGCCCUUUGUAUAUUUGUUGUGUCGUUGGGGGGUUUGAGAGAGUAUUCUUUUGUUUUCUUAGUUUGGGUGUUGGAAUGUGUUUUCUGUUUACAGUUUACAGUUUAUUCGGCCGUCAAUGGCUGCCAGCUCCAGAUGGGGGAGCUGAAAUGUGUAUCAACCAAAGCAUACACAGAAUGGCUGAAGCCAAGUAUCCAUUUGUAAUGUUUUGAACUGUACAUUGUUUUCUUUGUGCGGUUUUAAAGAGAAAAGGGUCCAUUUGCAGGCGACAUAGUCUAUCUGGGCAGCUACAUUCGGACAUGUUAACCUGAGUUUAACAAAAUCUAUCUCAAACUCGCCU